AAUACACAGUCAGUGCGUAAAGUGCAGGUGUAUUGCUUAACGGAAGUAUAACCUAAAUUUCAUUUCUCGGCGCGCGUGGAGCCACGCUCUCACUCUCUCUCUCUCUCUCCCACUUCCACCCGGGCAGUUAUGCGCGAGACAGCAAGAAGAAGACACGGCGGCGUAGUAAGAUUGCUGCGCGGCUCUCAUUCCGCGCCUCCCUCUCUUCUUCACUUGGCUACCACCACCACAUACUUACCUGGGGUAUUCCUAUAUGCGGCACAGCAGUCUUCCGUACGUCGAUGCUUGAUACGCCGCGGCGGCGGCAUUUUUGCUUUCUAAACGUUGCCGCCGCCGGGACGUCGACACCGCAGCAGCAGAAGCAGCAGCGAACCACGAACAACAUUCUUGUGGGAGCCGUGGCCGCGCGCGAAAAGUGAAACUAUGUCGUCGUCGACGUUCAGCUCUCAAACUGAGAAAAAUCUCGAGUUUAUAUUCAAGAGUUUUCUCGCCGGUGGUAUUGCCGGAAUGUGCUCCAAGACAACAGUUGCUCCAUUGGACAGGAUAAAAAUUUUACUUCAGGCUCACAGCAAUCAUUACAAACAUUUAGGGGUCUUCUCCGGUCUCAGAGAAAUCAUCCACCAUGAGCAUUUCUUUGCUCUGUACAAAGGAAACUUUGCUCAAAUGGUCAGGAUAUUUCCAUAUGCAGCAACGCAAUUUACUGCAUUUGAAAUCUACAAAAAGUACUUGGGUAAUCUACUAGGCCAUCGAACAGAAGCCGAUAAAUUCAUAGCUGGUUCGUGCGCAGGAGUCACAGCUGUUGCGCUUACCUAUCCAUUAGAUACAAUUCGAGCCCGACUUGCUUUUCAAGUGACCGGGGAACAUGUUUACACGGGCAUUAUUCAUACAGCAGUUUCUAUAUUUAAAGAUGAAGGUGGUUUCAGGGCAUUGUACAGGGGAUUCACUCCUACUGUUUGUGGCAUGAUACCCUAUGCUGGAUUUUCUUUCUACUCGUUUGAGAAAUUCAAAUAUCUCUGCAUGAAAUAUUUUCCCACUGUAUUAUGUAACAAAUGUGAUAAAAAUACUGGUGGAUUGGUUUUAACAAUUCCUGGUAAAUUAUUGUGUGGUGGUGUGGCUGGAGCAGUGGCACAAAGCUUUUCGUAUCCACUAGAUGUUACCAGAAGACGCAUGCAACUGGCAAUGAUGAAUCCAGACACGUACAAAUUUAGUAAUGGCAUGGUUUACACAUUGAGGGUAGUAUAUGAAGAAAACGGUAUAGUUAAAGGACUCUAUCGUGGAAUGAGUAUAAAUUAUUUGCGUGCUAUUCCAAUGGUGGCUACGAGUUUUGCGACUUACGAAGUGAUGAAACAACUACUCAAUUUAGAUACAGGACUCAAAAUAGCAACAUAGUUUUUUUUCUACUUAUUUAUUUUGUUAUAUAAACAAAUUGUUUUGUUUUAUUUAUUUUUCAUACAAGAAGACUAUUAUUAUAAUUAAUUAGUUAAUGGAAAUAGGAAAUAAAUUCUUGUUAUCUUACAAAAGAGCAUAAUAACAAAGUACUGAGUUAUAAUCAUAAAAUUAAUUUUAAACUGUAAAGGUUACCAAUAAUAAUCUCAGGUAGAUUUUUUAUUGAUAUGUAUAAAAUGCUCGCUAGUAAGAUUUUAAUCAAAUAAAAUAGAUAUUUUUGUAAAUAUAGAACAAAUGAAUUUAAAAAGAUGUACACAAAAAUACUAUCAAAAGCAUUUUUGUUUUUAUGCUGAAUAAGCUUGAGAAACAUGUUUCUCCUUCUAAAGUACUUGUAAAAGUGUAUGAAAAUUUGUAAAUGUUAAAAGUUUCAUAAAUUUUCACAAAUGCUUUAUAUUAGAAUAAUGAAAGUUUAUGUAUAAACGUUUUUAUAAGCACAACUAGUUGUCAUUAAACAAUGUUGACAAUGCAUUCUUAUUGUAAAAAUAUGCAGUAUAAGAGAAUAAAAGGAAAUUUGUACA